GAUAAGGACGUGUCUGUGCGGAGCCCCGUGUAUCCGGACCUCUCAGUCUGCAACCGGCGGCGCCCGGGGCCUCCCCCCGCUCCUCCCACCGCCGGUGCCGUGUCAUCCAGCGCUCCGUAUCCACCUAACGGUUUAGUGUGAGGUAAUAUUUGACGGAGUACCAGCGUGAGGGAGCCGGGGAGACUGAGGGGGACACAGAGCCGGGGACAGAGAGAUAGAGGAGGCAUCGGGAUGAUGUGUACUCUCAGCGAGCAGGGGAAGCAGCUGGCUAUUCAGGUCUCCAACAUUCUUGGAAUGGACGUGUGUGGCAUUGACUUACUUACCAAGGAGGAUGGCUCCUUCUGUGUGUGCGAGGCAAAUGCCAACGUUGGCUUCAUUGCGUUUGACAAAGCCUGCAACCUUGAUGUGGCUUCCCUCUUGGCUGACUAUGCUCUGUCGCUACUUCCAAGCCGGUUGACUCGUAGAAUGUCUCUUCUUUCUGUUGUGUCAAGUGCAAGUGAGACUAGUGAACCUGAGCUCUCCGUGCCUUCCAGCUUAAUGGUUGGGGUAUCCACUCCACUGCUCCAUCACCACAACCAUGAAGCUGGAGACAGCAUGAGCGCCAGUUCCAGCUCAGUGGACAGUGAUCCUGACACUGCCACAGAGAGGGAGCUACUUACCAAGGGGGCCAUCUUUAACAUGAACCAACUUCUUGCCAGUGAAAUGAACCUUUUGGUGGAGUAGAUAUAGGGGAAUGGGGAGGGCAGUGCGGGCGGGGGGUUGCUCUUUGGUUCUAGCACGUGUAAAUAUUAAUGGGGCUAUUACUGCAGGUGAGGGGAGGGAUGAGUGAGGGGGAGAGAGGUUUUUGGAGUUAGCUAAGUAGACUCAAUAUUGUGAAUAAAGCUGCACCAUCAGGCUUUAAAUAAUGGUGGGGAUGAGGUAGGUUCUUGGCACCUUAUGGUGACAUAAUUUGUUAACUUAGUAUGUAUAAAUUCCUAAAUUUAUGUGGCCAAUAAUGCAGUCUGCUAUGGCCAUUAUAUUACCUGAUGUGUUCUAGUACCUAAACAGGUUGAUACAUCCAUCCAGGAGUGUGGUAAGAGACGUGCAAUUUGAGGGUUGUUUAAAUGGUCUCGCCAGGCUUUUUUCCUCUGCAUGCGCAGUGUGGUGCAGCUCAUUACUUUCAGUUUGUCUUGUAUCUUGGGGCAUGGAAACAAAUCAAUAUUUAGGGUCUGCUGGGGACUUUCAUUCAGAUGUUUUUGAGAAGUUCCUCCCUCAUGAAAUUGUUGACACAUUUGUGGGGUGAUGUAUACUGUACCUCUUUCUCAAUCUGCAUGUACAGGUCCCUAUAUCUCUAAUACUGCAAACCUGGGGUGUUUUUUCUACAAUGUUAUGUUAACUGACAAAAAAAUAAGACAAUCUAUGUAGCCCAUUCUGUAAAACUGAUUUUUAAGGUCUUUCCCUGCUGAUUUUCCAGACCCAUUUGUAUUAAUCUUUACAAACUUAGUUGUGCUGUAAGCUGGCACAGCAGAUGUGUAAAUACCCUGUAUCAUUCUCUGUUUAAGCCACAAAAAUGAAUUUUAUUGAUACUUUUUUUAAAUAUAACUUUGUGGUAUUUUUAUCUUUCUUCAUGAAAUUUCGGAUAAUGUCUGUCCUAUUACAUGGAACAGAAGUAUUAUUUUAAGGUUGAGUAUUCGGGGGAAAUGAUACUGUGAAAAUCAUUUUUACAGAAACCGCUCUGCAGCUAAACCAUGCUGUGUAAUCUGCCUUUAUCCAUGGUCUGUUUGCUGUAAAAUGAUGCUCCUAAUCUGAAUUCCCCACACUGCACAUGAUCUGUCAUGUUCCCUGAUGCCCCUAUAUACAUUUAACCUAUGUGGCUACCUGAGUCCCUGUUAUAUUAUAUGAACAUGCAAAAAAAGCAAUGCACCUGGCAACUGAGGGGUUAAACUCCUGGGCUGCCCUCCUCCACUUUCAUUGACCCUUUCACUGCUGCUGUGGUAAUGACCAGUGGUAGGGUUAUUAGCAGUGUUACAUUAUACUGUUUUUAUUGCCUUUGAAUGUGUACAAUUUUGUUUUGUUUUUGUUUUUUUACCCAGACUGCUGCUUCCCUGUUUUUUUAUACAUUGCGCUUGAUGGAUGGACUUUGGAGGGGGUGUAGUUUAGUUUGGCAUUUCCCAUUAAAUGGUUCCUCUGCAGGGUAUAAGUAAGGCUUUUAUGAGGCGCUGCCAUCUUAAGUACAGUUAUAUGUGCAUAUUACAGAAUGGAGAGUCUGCAAUCAUUUUAUUGACAUCUUAACGCUACUUUACCAUGUUCAAGGAGGGAGCUGUGCAGUGUUGGGUUAUAUUUGUGAGCAUAUCCAGGCACGGUCCCAUAGGCAAGUAUGAACUUUCUCAUAAACAGUUAGAUUAUUUUUAAAUAUCCUUUUUGAUUUGACUUGUUUGAAAAUAUGGAUUUGUACUUAGUCUAGUGCAGAAUUUUUCACCACAGGAUACACAUCCAAAUAUGACAGGAACCUCUCCAAGUUUGCCACCUCUACCUCCUUUCAUUAUAUUAAACCUAGUCUGGGCAGCUGAAGUUCUAUUGCACAGAUCAUGUAUGUGAUGUCUUCUUCUCUCUGCAUCUGAUCUGUUUGUUACAUUCCUACCUCCUCCACUAUCACUGCUCAGCUAUUGGCCUUUAUAAGCACCACACACUACAAAUUGUCCUCCUUAACCACCCCCUUCCCAUUCCUCCAUCACCGCAUUCAUUUUUUAUUUUUUUGUCUUAUUUAAGCAAAUAGCCAAAUAAGGAAUGUAAUAAAAUGUCAGCAAGAAACUGAACAA